UAUUAUUGAUUAAUCCAAACUGGGAAGAUUGGCUUUCAGAGAACGAAACAGAAAAGGGGAAUAUAUUAUUAUAAUAAUAUCAAAAGAAAAACAGCUCUUGCUGCCGGCGUUCGAAGAUCGGAAUUCGGACAGUCAGGGUUUUCCGACUUCUGGCGUUGUGAUCGACGACGAAGGAAGAACAUGAAAUUGUUCAUCGUUAUAUAGUUCAUCGUCGCAAGUAUUUCAAGAUCUGCACACACGGUUAUUGUUCAUCUCGUUCUGUGGAGCGAAUCUUCAAUUGAUGCGGUUUUUGUAGAAGAAUAAUACAUGUAUUGAAAACCCUAGUUUUUGAUUGAUUUCUGACUUUUUACGGGUCUUUUCUGCGACCAGAACGCGGGAUCUUUGGUCUUACGUCCCCGGUCCCUGGUUUGUGUUUAAGAUUGUGAGUACUCGAAUCGUACUAAGAGAAAUCAGAUCUUUGCUUCAAGGCCCAUCAUCUAGGGUUUCUACGAAUCUGAAAGAAGAGUGUGUGCAAACACUAAUUCAGUAGACCUAUGUCAGCUACGGAUUUGAUUUGGUAUUGAGCUGAGCCGAGUAAUUGACACGAUAUGCUUUGAUACUAUUUUCAUCAUCGGCCUGGUAAACUUCAGAUCCUUGGUCGACAUGGGCACUUCACUAAAUGAGCUGUUAUAUAUUCUUGAUUCAAGACUCUAUGGCUCUAUGCACCCGUCAUCGGCUGAUAUGUUGAGACCCACAAAAUAAUUGUUAAAAUUACCCUUUGUUGUUAAUUAAAUUUUACAUGAACGACCAUGACUGGGAACAUCGCCAAUCUGUUAUCUAGUAUUGUUGGUAGGGGUUUCGGAUACUCUCUCUUUCUUUUUAGUUUUUGGAUCUAUGGUUUGCGGGAAAUUCUUGGCUCAUCUGCUUGCUCUGCAUCUGUGUUUGUGUUUAAGAUAGGAUGGGAAGCCAAUUCUUCUUGUGCAGUUCUUGUGCUUCUUGUUAUGUGGCUUUGGAUGGAUCAACUUUUAAAUUACUUACUGCCCCCAAGAUGGUCAAGUUUCCUAGAUGUUUAUUUGCCGCUUAGGAUGAUUAGAUUGAGAUAUAUUUCAAUCUUUUUAGAGUUUCAGUGCAAGAUUUGAGAUUAGGAGAGGGCUACUCUCUCUUUUGUUGAUGGACAAGGGCACAAGUCAAAUAUCUGCUUCUGAAAUAGCUUUGGUUUCCUUCCUUGUGGUAGAUGGAGUGAACUCUGAAUAGUAUGCCGUGAGCAAAAGUGUUAAUGAGGAUAUAUAAUUAGAAAAGAUUGUUUGCCGAUCUUUCUCUUUGAAGGAUGAAGCCAACAUUGCCUUUUCUGUUAUUUUUUAAAAUAUUUAUUUAUGUCAUGGCAAAGAAGCCCCUGGUUCCUCCUAGUUGGGACCAGCUAUAUGUUCAAAUCUACCGCACGAAUUGAGGGAGUCUUUGCAGGCCUUCAAAACUGGUUAACACAGAUCUGCCUCAAGGUAAUAGCUCAUGGAGGCAUAUGCUGGCAGUCUUGUUAUCAGAUUUUGGGCUAGAUAACAGUGCUUUUUUGACUGGGUGAAAUAGUUGUUCUACUAUGUUUUUCUUGUAUCUCUCACCCUUGUUGCUGAUUCAUUGCUUUCCCUUUUCAGUUGGCAUAGCACAUUAGAGGCGUGAACCCUAUUACCAUCACACUGAGGAAAUUCAUUUUAUCAAGCAUCUAACAAGAUUGAGGGAAGCAAGUUAUCAAGUAGACAUUGUACUGGCACCUCUUCCCUGGUGUCGGGAGGCAGCCCAGAAGUAACAGCAUCCUGCAAGACUUCUAGUGGAUUGUCGGUUAAUGGGAUAGGAAUUAUUGGAUCUUUAUCUACGAGCAGGAUGAGUACAGUAGGAGUAGAACUUAAUGAUUACAUAAAUCCUGGGUGGACAUGGAAGACGGUAACAAGAGGCUAUAGGAGUGGAACCAGGCGCACCAGAAAAUCAGUUGCUAGAACCUGGACAAUGGGUUUCGGGCUUGCUGAUGAAAGUGACGGAAAGGCAGAUGAUACAUUAGUUUCUGACACUGAGAAGCUUGGUGUUGCUGUUCUUGGACAACGGUUUGGUGACCAAGUAGAGCAUCUACCAAUUAAGAAAAGGAAACUUAGUUUCUGCUCUCCAUCCCCACCACCCAACAUUGAAGUUAAAGAGUGGCCUGUAAACUUUGAACAUGGUUCUGAUCAAUUCUCUUUUGUGAAUUCUGGUAGUAAAAGGCGAUGUAGGGCACUCAAUUGUUCAAUUGCAACAAGGAACAGUUCUAUAGUUGACCAAGAGAUUUUCGAAGGAAAUGAGCGGAAUAUUGUUUACAGUGAUGACUUUUCAGGUAUCGAGAUUCUUGCUGACGUGGCCUGCAGUGAUGGCAUGGGUGUUGGUGAUGACAAUGGGGAGGACAUCUCAUCAGUGGAGGGAUUGAUAAGGGAACAAAUUGAACCUUCAAUUUCUACAGUGCCCUUGAAAGAAAUCAUUGCAUCAUCUGAAAUCAUUAAUACCUCUCCGAAAGACAGUGUUGGUAAAGAAUCUAAAGAUAUCGUUGAGCGCUUAUCUUUUCAGAAUGGUUCUAGUGUGCAAAAGUAUCAUGAUUCCAGUGAUGAUAUGUCAACAAAUCAGCCAUUGCCUGUUCGAGACCAUCGGUUGCAUUGGGACUUAAAUGUUGUGAUGGAUGCGUGGGAGGAACCUUCUGAUGUUAUCAGUGAUUAUGAGCAGAAAAAUGUUUUGGGAAGUGUAUCUUUGGAUGGAGAUGAAGGGAUACAGCCUGCAGUAGUUGACAGAGGGAGGGAACAUGAAGACACCAAAGAAGACCUUGUUGACAGGGUGGUUUCAUCUGAUUUGCUUCGGGAUGUUAAUCUGCAUUUAGAAUUGAGGGGUUCAGAUGCUAAUGAUCAAAAAAUAGAUGUGGAGGGUCAGGAACCAAGAAUGUGCUUUGUCCUCAAAGGUGAUACUGACCAAUUUGCUGCUACUCUUAAUGGCCUUGAAUGCUCAACAGAAUCUCUUUCCUCCGUAAAAGCUUCUGCUCAGACUAUGAAUGUGGGCAAAAGCCUUGAUGUUCAUGUUAAUUAUUCAAGUAAAGGUGUUUAUGAGGGAAGUCUGGCUGUAUCACCCCCCCACACUGCUGUCAAGCAGAUGACAGGAAGUUGUGCUUUGGACAGUGAGAUUUUGUGUGCAGACAGUGUUCAGUCCAAGCCAACAGAUGUUUCUUGUCCUGUACAAGAUGUAGAUACAGUCUGUUGCGAGAUUCACAACAAUAUCCUAAAUGAAGAUGGUGAGGAGUCUGGAGGAGGAUCUGGCGUGCAUGUUGAUGAUACUGAGGAUUCCCAAGAGAUGAAGACUGGUUCUGUCGGUGUCAAGACUUCAGCCGAUUCUAUUGCUGAAAUUAAUUUUUCCAUGCAUGUUGAAUCUGAGGAGCUGAUGCAAAAAUCUUGUGGAGCUUCUGCUGUUGUUGAGGAAUGCCAAGUAUAUGGUAAUGGUCCUUCAAGUGGCUCUUGUAAGGUCGGUGGAGGAGAUCCUUCUGAUGACUCGUAUGAUUCUGAUGUUUCUCAAGAUGAUACGGUUCACAUUGCUGGGAAGGAAAACUCUAAGGUACUCCAGGCUGGGUAUGAUUCUCAAUUUGAGGAUGGAGAGUUGAGGGAAGAGGAUUUGUUCUACAGGGAGGAAAAUGAAGGUGAAGAUGGGGAAGUGAAACAAGUGGAUUAUGGGUCGGAAUUUGAGGAAGAUAGGUUUUGUGGCAUGGAGGUAGAAAGUGAUCAGAAAAAAAUUAAGAAUGAAACUGGAUCGAGUCCAGCUACUGAUGAGGUGAUAAAACAUAUUGAACAUUGCAGCAAAGGAGAUGACUCAAAAGAGAAACCCUUGAGCCUGGAUAAAAGAAUCCCAGAUGUGUCUGAUGGCUGCAAAACAGAGAAACAUACUGAUUAUUGUGUGGAUCAGCAUGAUGUCAAAGAUUUCCAUUCAAGAGUGACUGACUUUAGGGCAUGCAAGAGGGAGUUGCUGUCCCGAAUUGAGGGGCCGUUAUCAUCUGACACCUUACAUAGAAAGGAUCCUGUAUUUUUUCCUAGGAGCAGGCAGGCUUGUGUGGACAAGUUCGUAGGAAGGGAUAGACGUAGCAGGAGCCCUGUGCGCCGUAACUUCCUCAAUUCUUCAGGAGGCCACUGGGAAUCAAAACACCGUCAGUCACCUAGUUAUUGGCGCUCUUAUGCUUCAGGGCAUCCUAGACCGAGAAGUAUUGUUGAAGGCCGUGGAUAUAAAAUGAUCUCAGAUAAUAAGAUUUUGGAAGAAGCAGAGGAGACUGGAUUUGAGAAUCGUACUCGCAAGCAAAACUGGAAUUCUUCUAAUGGUGUGUAUCGGCCCCUUAUUCGGAGGAGACCACUGGCUGAAAGAGAAAAUGCUUAUGAUGUGGAUACAGAAAUGGUACAUGUGAGAGACACAAGUCCUAAGAGUCGUUUGGAAAGGUAUCCAGAAGGCAUCAGAAGAGCAAUCCAGGAGGAUUAUCACAGAUCCAUGCCUGACAACUCUACUGAAUACUCAGAUCGUUUGCCACAUCAUUUUGCCAGAAGAGAUAGAAGCCUUUCUCCCCUUAACGCGGGGCGACCUCAUUAUAAGUUUCCCUUUGAAAAAUCAGGAUCAAGAUCCAGAAGUCGCACACCCAGUGCGUGGUUCUUAUCAGGAGAGCGAAAUGAUGGAGGGAGACAUCACAACAGGCCGCCUGUUUUAAGAUCUAAUGGUAGAGUUGAUAGGGUAAGGUUUCCAUUUCAAAAGCGUUUUGCAGUAGAUUAUGAGGAUGAUUUUAUGUCACCGCCACGGGGGUGCGUCUCACCACAACAGGAUUCCAGAUGGUUUGAUGAUCGAAACAAUGCUUUAGAUCCUUUCAGAGGACGAAAGUUGCCUGUGAGAGCAUUCGGGCAAAGCCACAGCUUUGAUUCAGUGCGUGUGGCAAGAAGAUUGAAUUCUGAUGAGUACUCUAGACCAGCGAUGCGCCCGAAAAGAUUUUUAGAUAUACCGAGUGCUGCAAGGGGUUGUGAAUAUGAAGGCAGUGAUGAUGAUAGAAGGAAAAGAAGCAACAGAUAUGAGAUGAAUCAAGUGAGGUCAUACAAUGCAGAUGGUCAUCACAGCAGGUCACCUGUUCUAAGAUCUAACGGUAGAGUUGAUGGAGUUAGGUUUCCAUUUCAACAGCGUUUUGCGGUAGAUUAUGAAGAAGAUUUUGUGUCACCGCCACGGGGGUGUGUCUCACCACAACAUGAUUCGAGAUGGUUUGAUGAUCGAAACGAUGCUUUAGAUCCUCUCAGAGGCCGAAAAUCGCCUGUGAGGGCAUUCAGACAACAGAUUUGAUUCAGUGCGUGUGGCAAGAAGAUUGAAUUCUGAUGAGUACUUUAGACCAGCGAUGCACCCGAAAAGAUUCAGAUAUUCCCGAGUGCUGCAAGGGGUUGUGAGCAACAGAUAUGAGAUUGGAUCGAGUGAGGUCAUACAAUGCAGAUGGUAUUUUGCGGAAGCGUUUUCAGUAUAAUGUUAAAGACUCGGUUAUGGUUGAUGGUUCUAAUGACUAUGAUGGUUCCAACAAGGUUACCAGAGAAGACCUAGGGAAUGUAGUUUGAAGAUCUGGCGAGGAGUAGGUAUUCAUAGUGUUGGGUUAUUUUGACAGUGGGUAGAUUGAUUAUCUUUUUUAAUCUGUUAAAAUGUUAUUGUUCUUCUUUCUUUUUUGCUGGAAUCAUCUGUAGUCCGUCUGUUUUCUUGGUGGCGGUCCCCUUUUGGAAUCAUUUUCACAAUUCUGAUCAUCUUAGGUAGAACUUUUUUUUUGUUUUAGGCUUUGCUUGGAUUGUAAAAUGAAAAGUAGAGUAGAGUUAAUGGAGAGAGAGUUAAGUGAGGGGGAGUUAUGGGAGGGGAUUAUCUUGACUCACCCUUCAUUAGAUAGGAGGUAGAGUUGAGGAGAGUUAAUGAAUGAAUGAAAAAACUUUAUGCA